AUGAAUGAACUCUUCAUCACAAUGUACCUUGCUGUCUUGACUUUGGUGACCGUCCAGUGUUUUCAUAUUUCCAGUGACCCAUUCGUACCCACCGCCUACAGUAUAAACGAUUUGCCGAACAAAUCACAGGAUGAGAAUAAGAAAAUCCUGAAAAUUAAGUUACAAAGACUUCUAUAUGGUCUAAAAGAGGAUGAGAGCGUGAAAAUACCAGAUGAACAAUUUUGGUUUAACAGAGAUGUUCUUAGAAUGAAAGGCGCAGAUAAAAUGAAAACGACUUCUCCACAAGAUGCCGAACAGGAGUCUCCCGCAGAAACGGACGAGGAAUCCCUCUAUGAUGAGCUGAUUUUUCAUUUAGUUUACAAAAGGUUUGGAAAAUGUAUUCACUUUCCGUUGUAUUCUCCUAAGCCAAUUUAUAUGGUUAAUAAAUGUCCACAUGACUCCACUGAUGAUCAAGCCGUAUUGCUGUGUCAUGGUCACCAUAAACAAUUUGUAGAAGAACAGCACAAGUGUGUUAUAGACUUGCAGCAUAUCCCAGUUCAAGAUUUACAUGGAGUCGUGUACAGAAAUGUCUAUUGUUCGCGUUGCCAUGGAGCACACAAUGUAAGUUCCUGGACCGCUGACUUAAAGUUUAAUGACAUACCUGUUCUUAAAUUAAUGGAUGGCUUCAAGAAUACCUCUAUCAAUAUCCUAAAAAGUAUGGAUGAAAUGGCGAGAUGUUCAAAGAAAAUUUUUCCGUAUAACCAAAAUGUUAUAAAACACUGUAAACAUCCCACCAGUCUUCGCAGCCAUGAAAACCGUGCCCGCAAUGCUCCAAUAAAUCCUCAACCAGGCUCAGAAAAAAUGCCCUUGUCGUUUCAAAUUCUGAUAAAUUUUGGAAUAAAUGGUGAAGGACACAUUAUAUUCAGCACGGAAACGACACAUCCCGUUGAAACGGUCUCUUGUCCAAAGAACCAAGUGUAUUACAAGGGGCACUGUCGUGAAGUCACAUGUGAUGAAGGCUACCAUCUUGAAAACAACGUCUGCCAACCUGAUCCAAUAUCUCUAAAUUCAGAAGAUUCUUUGUCACGACUGCAAAACGCGAAUGAGAUGACGUCUCUGACAUUCCGACUUAAUGCUACUAAAGAGGAACUGAGUAUUUUGGAACAGGACGGUGCAGAGGAUAUGAUUAUUGAAGAAAUUGCCUUUGUCUUAAAUGUGAGCUCCAGUCGCAUCAGAGACCUUACAAUAUCUAUUCGUAACGGUACGACACAGUCCCAGAUGAUAGAGAUUGUUCAUCCAAGACGGUUCCAGAAAAACAGAGCUACGGAGAACGAAGACUUCUCUCCAGAAAUAUUGACUACAAAAACUGAAGAUGUGUCUAAAAAUGUGUCUUCCGACAACCAACAAACUACCAAAGAAAAAUCCCCCGAUGAAUCAUUGUUCACAGUUGAAUUUAAAUUUGAUCUUUUGGCAAGCAUAAAAAAGACUGGGAAAUUUAGCUCUUCUUUGUCUAGUGUGGUGGAUAAUAUGAAUCAUUUGAUAAGGACUCAAAGUUUUAGUUUAGAAUUAAACGGCUCCGACUUCAAGAUUACUGAAAUAAAACAGCAACAACAUAACGUAUCACUGCAUCUUAUCAAAUGGUGCAACCAUGGAACGAAAAUCAUGAAAAAGGGAAGUGAAGUAGACAUGAAGAAUUCAACUGACAGUCGGACCGGACGAACAGUCCACGGUGUAUUUGUGAAUGAAACAGGGAAAUUCUAUGGACCGGAUAUGUUUGAUUUUUAUAUUUACGUGUUGGGUGAAUUCGGAAAUAUAAGCAACGUAACUAUGAACGCCUUAGUUUUUCUCUGCGAUACGCCUCGUAUUCAAAACGGCGAGUGUGCAAAAUUGACUUUGAACUCGACUUCGUACGAGAAAUUGUACAAUAAUUCGGUUUUUUAUGAAGGAGAAGUAUUUGAUCAGGAUAAAUAUGAAUAUGUAGAUGAUAUGCAUGACAAUAUAAGGAUAUGCAUAUACAGUCAAGGCGUUUCCUCGAAUAUUCUGAAAACAUCGUGCGGAAUAGAAUUUAAGAAUAUCAUCGUGGCUGAGAGUUACCUAAGUUUCGUUUUGGGGAUCAUUUCAACUGUGAUCACAUUCCUUUCAUUGAUUACCUAUGUUAUUUUUAAAGAAAUGAGAAAUUUGCCCGGAGUGAGCACGGCUAACCUAACAUUCGCACUCUUUCUUGCCGAACUACUUUUCAUUGUCUCUGGGGCGCCUAAGCCAGAUUGGUUGUGCCCAGUGAUAGGCAUGAUGCUUCACUACCUAUUUCUGGCGUCUUUCUUCUGGAUGAAUGUUAUGUCGUAUGACUUAUAUAAAACAUUUGCCAACAAGUAUAUCCUCACAAGAGUGAGAAGCAAAGAGAAAUACCUCCCACGUUAUGCUCUGUAUGCGUGGGGAUCACCAGCUCUUAUUGUGGCUGGUUGUGCUGUGAUUGACUACACAGACAUUAUACCUAAUGUAAAAAUUAAAUAUGGUGGCGGUUCCCUCUCUCUUUCCCCAAAUGGUUUUGUGGAUCAUGAUUUGAGUGGCACCUUGGACAACAAUACAUUGUCUCGAAGGAUGGAAUCCACGGAUGAAAACCUAGGCUGUUGGAUACAGGAGCCUGUGGCUGCUCUUGUUGCCUUCGGUUCUCCAAUGCUCCUCAUUCUUUUUUCCAACAGCGUAAUGUUUGUAAAAACUAUUUACUGCAUUCGCAAAACUUUGAAACUUGCAAACAUCAAAACGAGGCGAUCUUCGUUGAAUCAUGUGACCGGAAAAUCUGAUGUCAGUCUUUAUGUACGCAUGUCAACUAUGAUGGGUUUCACGUGGAUUUCCGGUCUGGCCUCCUCGAUAGUUAGUGCUUUUGCAGAUACACCAACAUUUACAAUUUGUACGGUGUUACAUGUUAUGAGCUUUUUGUUUAUCAUAUUUAAUUGUUCACAGGGGUUGUUUAUCUUUUUUGCAUUCAUUUGCAACCGAAGAGUUUGUAAAUAUUACAAAACUAUGCUCUCAGGCUGCAAGUCUAAGGUUUCCGGAAAGAAAGUAUUGAAAUCUUCUAGAAUUUCAAUUAGUACAAUCACUUCGUGGACAUAUACAUUUGAAGUUGUUCAAAUAACUGAAAAAGAAAAAUGCCAAAAUGAAAACUAACGCUAUAAGUUUGUAAAUACACUUGUAUAUAUGUAAUAUAUACAUGUAUAGAUCGGUUUACCUAUAGUAGGCAAAAAAAUCAGUGAUCUACAUGUACAUACGACAAGACGAGAGGGUGGAGGUGUAUGAUUUAAAUAUUUUGCCUGUUGUUGUAUAUUUGUUAAUUUUGAUUUUUAUACGAUGUCAUGAUCUGAACAAAUUGUUU